ACAAGGGACAUGGCAAUGACUCUACCCCGAUCAGAAUCAAUGCGGUCUUAUAGAAGUGAAAUUCAACAGGACGGGACUAGUUCUCCUGAGUUUGCCAACAGAGAUUCAAGGAGAUUUUUGAGGGAAAAGAGCAAAGCUGAAGAAAUCAGAUAUACCUCUAAUAACGUGAGCCACGUGGACGAGCUGAAUGACGAGUCAGACAUGCAAAGCAGAUAUUUCAGACAGGAGUUGGGUAAUGAUGUUAUGCUAGAUCAGAAACUAUUUCAUAGGAACCUGGUUAGAUCUUUGUCAGCUCCCGUGUCGCGGUCAUCAUUUGGAAAGCUUCUUCUAGAGGAUCGAUACAUGUUGACGGGGGCACAUAUUAGGAGAAAACAUGAAGCUAUCGAGAAGGCCAAGGUGAACGUCAAAAAAUGGCGAAAAGAGAAAUUCAACCUUAAGGAAAAAGUCUUCAGCUUCAAAUAUAGUUUUGUACUUAGAGGAAGGCUCUUUCGUAGAAAAAUUCGAACUUCGGAGGAAUCACAUGGAGACAAACAAAUUCACAAGAAAGAUCCUCUCAACACACCAACUGUUGCAUCAAAAUGUUAUGAGAGACAAGAGAAUUCCACUGAGGUGCCACCAAGCCCAGCAUCAGUAUGUAGCACCACCAAUGAAGAAUUUUGGAGGCAAACAAAUCAUUUCAGCCCAUCAUCAUCAACCUCAGAUGUACAUCUACUGGAUGAUAGUGAGAUACCUCAUGUUUUCAAAGAGAUCAGCUCUAAUCUGAAUGAGCUAAGGAGGAAGUUGAAUAAGCUAGAAACUUAUGAUUCUGAUGAGGAGACAACGAUCAAUGAACAGCCUAUUGAAGAAGAGAUAACGGAGACUGACGAUCCAGCUGAAGCGUUCGUUAGAGAUCUGCUUGUUGCUUCUGGUUUAUACGAUGGUUCAUGCGAUAAAUAUCUGUCGAAAUGGGAUCCACUAGGAAAGCCCGUUAGCAACCAAGUUUUUGGAGAAGUCGAAGAAUCAUACAGACAAAAGAUAUAUGAUGAAGAAGGGUCAAGUACCGAUCAAUUACAGAAGUUAAAUCACAAGUUAUUGUGUGAUUUCUUAAAUGAAGUACUUCCAGGUGUACUCGGAAGCACUUCUAUGAAAAGGAGUAUUGGUCCUACUGCACGAGCUCCGCGAGGAAAGAAGUUAUUGGAUUGUGUAUGGGAAAUUGCCCGAGUUUAUGUUUACCCUCCGUUAGAUAUGUCAUCACGAUCCCUUGAAAUUAUACUAGCCCGAGACUUGCAAUGUACACGUUGGGAUGGACUAGUUGAUGAAGAUGUUAAUGCUCUGGGAAAAGAUGUUGAAUACCAGAUUAUUGGUGAUCUUAUUCAUGAAUUGAUCAAUGAUAUGGAAUCAUAAUUAUGUUC